AUGACUACAAGUCGCUCUCAGAACUGGGAUAUUAACAAGGUGAAUACGUCGUGGCCUACGUUGAUUGGUCUCGAAGUAUCCGUACUAAGGGAAAGACGAAUGUUAAUUGGUUAUACCACAUACAGUUGGCUGCUAUCGAUAGGCCCACGUCACAACGGUACCAAAUCUAUUUAUCGGCGAUGAUAAGUAUUACAUACGUUCAUUCCGAAAUGCUGCGAUCUAUGAUUGAUAACCGAAAACGACAAGAAGAUGAAGUUUUAGUGCUUUCAAAUAUUUAUAAUAGUAAUGAAUUCUCUCAUAACAAAGAAGAUAUAAUACAAUGCUAUUAUAAUGCAUUUCCUGUUGUCAGUGGUGAUUUACUGAGACUCGAAAAUAUUUAUGAAAAGGAUUUUGACUCAUUUUCUAAUUAUCUUGUCAAAUACUUACCACCUAUUAGAGUGUAUUUACAACUUAAUACAGAUUAUCCUACUGGAAAGUCACCGAACUUCUAUAUUAUUUCCUCGUGGCUUUCACCUUGGCAGAUAUCUCUUAUUUGUCAAAAAUUAGAUGAGAUAUGGCUACAAAAUAAAGGCCAAGAAAUAUUGUUUUUGUGGUUUGAAUUUUUAAGAAAUGAAGUCCUUAAUUUUCUUAAUAUUAAAGAUACAUUAGAUAUUUCAUUUAUAUAUAUGACAUAUCAUAAUAUAACAGAUUAUUUUAAGUUAAAUUUAAUAUUUGAAAAUGAUAUUAGAGCUAUAUAUAGUAUAUUAUUUUUUAAUCCAUUGAAAUUUUUAAUAACUUAUGAUAAAUAUAAACAAGAGAUUGAAUUUGAAAAUAAUCAUUUUUUAUGUAUUAUAUGUUUUGAUGAAUUUUGUGGAAAACAAUGUAUAAAGCUUAAAAAUUGUAGUCAUGUAUAUUGUAAAAAUUGUAUACAACAAUACAUUACUAUGAAAAUUAAAGAAAAUAAUGUAAAAUAUGUUACAUGCCCUAAUUUAAAUUGUAAUCUUGACAUUACAUUUAAUGAAAUUAAGAAAUUUUGUCCAGAAUUAUUUUCAAAAUAUGAAAAUAUGUUACUAUAUAUAACAUUGAAUACUAUGAGAGAUGUAAUCUUUUGUCCUAGAAUUUCAUGUCUAUGUCCACUUAUAAAAACUGAUGAUGAUACUCUAGCUAUUUGUAGCAAAUGUGAUCAUACUUUUUGUACUUAUUGCUAUAAGAAAAAUAGUAAAGCAUGUCCAAAUUGUUUAACUAUGAUUGAGAAAAUUGAUGGCUGCAAUAAGAUGAUAUGUAGUUAUUGCAAAGCUUGCUUUUGUUGGAUUUGUGGAGUACACAUUACUACGAAAAAUGCAUAUGACCAUUUCUUAACUGUUGAUAAUGAUUGUUAUCGGCGUUUAUUUGAUAUAAUAGAGGAAGAAAAUGCUGAACUAUAA